CUUCCCGUGUCAUACUGCAGUUUACCGUGGAGCAGCCUUGGUUGUUAGUCUCUGUUUCCCUUUUUUAUUUUAAGAACUGACAAUGGUUUUCUAUUUUAGAAGCGAAGUUGUGUUUCCGCCGUAUACCAUCUAUAUGGGAAAGGAUAAAUAUGAAAAUGAAGACCUUAUAAAAUAUGGGUGGCCAGAAGAUAUUUGGUUUCACGUAGACAAACUGUCCUCAGCCCAUGUGUAUCUCAGACUGCCUAAGGGGCUGACAAUAGAUGGUAUCCCAAAAGAAGUUCUGAUUGACUGUGCACAGCUAGUGAAAAACAAUAGUAUUCAAGGCUGCAAAAUGAACAACAUCAAUGUAGUAUAUACACCAUGGGCCAACCUAAAGAAAACUGGGGGCAUGGAUGUAGGGCAGAUAGGCUUCCAUCGGCAGAAAGAGGUAAAGCUUGUUGCAGUAGAAAAGAAAAUUAAUGAAAUUGUAAAUAGGUUGGAAAAAACUAAAGAAGAGCGCUCCCCUGACCUGGCUGUUGAAAAAGAAUCCAGAGACAGAGAAGAGAGGACUGAGAAAAAAACACAAAUCCAGGAAAUCAAACGAAAUGAAAGAGAAGAAAUGAAGAAGAAAAAAGAGUUGGAGGAGCUGAAGAGUUACUCAUCUCUUAUGAAAUCAGACAACAUGACCACCAAUGAGGACGGAAAUGACUCUGAUGACUUCAUGUAAAAAAGGAAGCAUUAUCUUUUGAAUGUAAGUAUUUGGACUUUGAAGACGCAUUGGAUUGGAUGCCAAAAACUAUUCUUGUUAAAAGACCACUUUUUUCAUGGCCAUAUUAAACUUAGAAACUAGUGCCAAUGACUUACUGAAGAUUGUUUCUGCACAUUUGAGGAUGAAGUUUGGCUUUUGAUAACACACUUAUUUGCUUCAAGAACAGUGAAAUUGAAGCUGUUUUGAUUGCUGUUGUAUCUAGAGCAAGCCAAAACAGUGGUGCAAUUGGCUCCCCAUAUCUUGACUGAACUGUCCUCCUCAUUGGAUGUUCCAUAUUGUAAACAUCGAGCCAUCCAGUGACCUACCAGGAAGGUGUUGAUUGAAAGUGCACAGACAGUGGACACAGUUGUGAUGGAACUGUUUACUUGCCUGGUUGAAUGGGUCAAAUGUAUAUAUAAAAGAGCACCUCCUUACUGUUUUAAUGUGACAGGCAUCAUGAGUUCUGCAUUCCAUGUAACAGUAAAAACUGGCAAAGAUACAACUUUUUUUUUUUUUAUGGGACAUAUAUUUAAACAAAUGUAAAAUAAAA